AUGCCCGUUCGCUCAUUGCCAGACCAUUGUUAUCUCGAUGUCAUAUCCACGGCGUUGGAUGAGGGUAUAUGCAGUGCUUUCGAUCCGCCAUCCCGUGGUUCAAAAGCACCUACGCGUGUCAUCAUGCAACCGCGAAUUCUGCUCAUUUACUCGCGCGCAAUAUGGAGGGUCAUAAUGGGGAAUAGCUUCAAGCCCGAGGUGGUGAAUAUCUUCGAAACGUACUGCACAACAUUGAUAUCUGUAAUGAAAGCACUGAAGGCUCAACGACCUAUAAUGGCCCGAAUUUUUGCCGCCUUUUCGAACGACGUCCGCCGAGUCAACGCGCAACUCGAGCAAGCCUCAGCAUUCUUCGCACCUCUUUUUGAACAAUGUUUGCAGGCGUUAGAGCAGGGGCAUGCGAAGAGCUCCCUGGACAAUGAGUGGCUUGAGGAACUGAUCCGCAUGGCGCCGGCCGAGAGGAGACGUGACUACACAUACCUUACCAAUAUCUUGAUUGGCUUCGUCUUUACGUUUGUCGUCUCUCCUGGACUGUCGACUACGCAAGUUGUGUACGAGUUCGCCUUCCGGCCCAACUAUGUUGACCUCGUGCUCAAGGAGGCAUAUGGUGUCCUUGGAGACCGUCCCGAGCAUUGGGGGUUCUCGCGAAACAAUCUUCACGGCCUGUCCUUGCUCGAUAGCUUCUGCAAGGAGACCCAUAAACACCAUGCAACCGCAGCCUCCAAUCUGAUGAAGAAGAUCCACAAAACGCAGAUACUUCCCAAUGGGGUAGUUCUACCAGCAGGCACGAUACUUGAGGUGGUAAUGACGGCUGCUCACCUAUCCAACCCCAAACUUGAAGAUCCCUCGAGGUGGAACGGAAGUCGGUACCACGACUUGCGGCAGGGAAUGACAACGUCAAUCGGCGCCAACAAAUAUGAUUGGGGCUCAGCGACACAGGACGACCUAAACUUUGGUUAUUCCUCACAUGCAUGUCCUGGUCGUUGGGCCGGGUGCUCUAUUGCCAAGAUGUUUCUCAUUAACCUCUUGGCUUACUACGAGAUCAGUCUUGAGGAAGGGGAGACUGAGAGAUAUCGAGAUGUUCACUAUGGCCAAUAUAUUUCACCGAACCCAACCAAGCAUAUUAUUCUCAAACCGAGAAUGCGGCAAUGA